AUGAAACCUCUUCUUCUUCUUCACCAAUCUUCCAUUUUCAUAUUGUUGCUCAUCACUUUCAUCAUAUCAUUCAAUAUUCCAACAUCACUUCAUGCGGAUGAUGAUAGCAGGUAUACAAACUGCAAUAAAACUUUUAGUUGCGGAGACACCAUCCCUCCAAAUGUUAACCUUGGGUACCCUUUCUGGGGAGGAGAGAGACCACAAUAUUGUGGUGAGCCUAACUUUGAGCUCACAUGCGACAACAACACUGUACCCUGUUGGAUCAACAUCAGUUCUGUCACAUACCGGAUUCUUGCUUUGGACUUGGCUUCAUGGAAUCUCACUCUCGCGAGGGACGUUUUCCGAAAUUAUGAUACUGAUUCACCAUCUACAAUAUCUUGUUCAAAUGAUUACAAGAACAACAGUACCUUUGAUCCCUCUGUGUUUAAAUACGCUGAUGGGGUUGUUCACGCGUCGCUGUUAUAUGAUUGCGGUACUGUUGUUCCAACAAAUCCGGGUAUGGUUCGAACCUGCAAUAACGAUAUACUCUACUACGCUCCACAGUUUUCGUACUUGGGAGUUUGCAGCAGCGUUACUGUUCCCAUGUUUAAAGAACAGGUGCAAGCUCUAUCAUCUGUAAAUUCCAAUACAAAUCAGGCAGUAUUAGAUGCAGGUUUCGCGUUGCAAUGGAUCGAUAAUAAUAAUGAGUGCAGCACAUGCUUGAGUUCUCAAGGGGAGUGUGGUUCUGAUGGGGAUCAAUUCAAAUGUUUUUGCAAUGAUGGAACAAAUUCGUGUACAGACUCAGUUUACAAAGCAAGCUUACCUGAUGGCCGUCAUGUGGCAGUGAAAGUAAUAAGUGAGUCCAAGGGAAAUGGAGAAGAGUUCAUAAAUGAAGUUGCCAGCAUUAGCAGAACAUCUCAUGUGAACAUUGUCUCACUUUUGGGUUUUUGUUCUGAGAUGAAUAAAAGAGCACUAAUCUAUGAAUUGAUGCCCAAUGGCUCAUUGGACAAGUUCAUCUAUAAAAGUGAAUCUCCAAAUGCUAUUUGUAAUUUGGACUGGAACACAUUGCACCAAAUUGCAAUCGGCAUUGCUCGAGGACUGGAAUACUUGCAUCGAGGAUGUAGUGCCAGGAUUCUGCAUCUUGAUAUCAAACCCCAAAAUAUCCUCUUGGAUGAAGAUUUUUGCCCAAAAAUCUCUGAUUUCGGACUAGCUAAAUUAUGCCAAAAGAAGGAGAGUAUCGUGCCCUUAUCGGGCACAAGAGGAACUAUAGGAUACAUUGCACCAGAAGUAUUUAACCGAAUGUAUGGUGGAGUUUCUCACAAAUCUGAUGUAUACAGUUAUGGCAUGUUGGUUCUUGAAAUGAUUGGAGGAAGAAAGAAUUAUGAGAGUGGAGGGUCACAAACCAGUGAAAUGUACUUUCCCGACUGGAUUUACAAGGAUCUUGAGCAAGGCAAUAUUCCUGCAAGUUGUUUGGCCAUCUCAGCCGAAGAAAAUGAUAUGAUAAUGAAGAUUACUUUGGUGAGUCUAUGGUGCAUUCAACCAAAUCCAUCAAAUAGGCCAUCAAUGAGUAAAGUAGUAGAGAUGUUAGAAGGUCCACUUGACUCAGUGCCAUAUCCUCCAAAGCCUGUCUUGUAUUCUCCUGAAUGGCCACCCUUACAAAUUUUGGAUAUAUCUUCCAGCAAUAUGCAAGGGACAAAUUCAAUAACCACGCAAAAUGAUGGGUCCAUCGAAUGAAAUGACUUCAUCAAAGACAAAAAGGUAAAUGCGAAUGUCAUGUAACUUACGUUAAUGGUUCUUCAACAAACUUAGCAU